UGUCACUCAUCCGUCAUUUCAUUGUCUAAUUUAAAUAUAUCUGCAAUAUCUGAAGACCACUUUAGAUAAUGGUUAUCUGUUUCUUCCACAGCUUACUUGGAGGCGGACAUCCUGCCAGAUAAGGAUCCCACGAAGAUGGCCAUGGCAGACAACCACCGCCUGUGGCCCGGGGGAAGGUGCCCUACGUGAUCGACUUCGACGAGAAUGAACAUGUCUAUCUCUACAACCUCCUCCUCUCCGCCAUCACCCGCAUGAACGAACAGCAGUGUGUCAACCUCUUCAUGGCAGGAAGCGGAGCCGAGGACUACGUGUCUAUUCGACUUGAGGACCACCUGUCGUCACACCUGGGGCGGCAGGGCGGGGAACAGGUGCUCACCAUCUCCAACGACGCUAACGUGGGCACCAUCAUGCACGAGUUCAUGCACACGCUUGGUUUCGGACACGAGCACAACCGCCCAGAUCGUGACGAGUAUGUGACGGUUUAUUUUGACAACAUCCAGGAAACAAGCCAAACCCUACUUCCAGAAAUAUGGACCUGGCAGUGGCCUCCUUAGCGACUCGACCCCCUAUGACUACACCAGCAUCAUGCAUGCCACGAACCAGCACAGUGAAGACAUCAACAUUGACACCAGUAAGCCAGUCAUUGAAAGGAAGGACGGUCAGCAAAGCCUGGGACAGAGGGCGAAACUCACGGACGGCGACAAAGCACGCAUGGCCAUUGCCUACAGCUGCGACAUGUGUGACGACCCAGAAAAUGAGAGCAAGCUCUUCCGAUACCUGGCAACUGCAACAUGUACUACCAGUGUGCCCAGAGACAGGCUGUACCCAGAAACUGCCCAGAGAACCUUCACUUCAGCUUGUUGACAGACAGGUGCGAUUAUGCCAACGAGGCUAACUGCACUUUCAUUGGUUUCGUUUAGGCAGUUAUGAAGAACGAUUUGUUUUCGUUCGUGGGAUUCAUCCGGAUAUGAAUGCGAGAACGACGAUGGAGUGUGAAUGGCCGUCUGCUCUAUAUCUUCUCUUACUAAAACCUAUAAAAGAAGAAAGCGGAAGAUAUCUUCUUUUUUUUACGAUGUGAACGUUAAGAAGGAAUAAAGUCGCAACACAUUAGAUGAAUAUUU